CUCAGUGCAAAACUGCAGAGGCCGCCAUGUCAAAAGCUUCGCGCUGUGUCAAAGACGAAGUUGCUACAAUAUGGGUUCGCUCCAAGCAUUUGGAGUAAUCCUUAAAAGAUUCCCCCUAAAUUCGAUCAUUCACAAAUCUCCUCGUUUCUUCCAUCCUCACAGUAGUGGGUUGUGUUCUUCAUCAUCAUUGGCUGCCGUAACAUCAAGUUCUCCUUUGUGGGCUUUUGAUAGUGAGCUGAAAAGUCGUGGUAAUCAAGUGCGAAGGAUAUGGAUGUCUCCGGUUUGUAUGGGCAGGCGUUCCUGCAAGAUUGCUGGCAGGAAGAUAAGUUUCUUAGCGUGCUUAAAUACAAGCAGGGUGCUCAGGAUGCAAAGAAGGCAAAGCUUUAUGCUAGGAUUGGAAAGGAGGUUGUUUCUGCCUGUAAAAGGGGAGGAACAAACCCCACAUCCAAUCCCCUUCUGACUACCCUACUUGAGAAAAUUAAGGAGCUUGAUAUUCCGAAAGAAAUUUUUGAUCGCAACAUUAAGAGGGCUUCUGAGAAAGGACAAGAGGCUUACAUAGAGAAAACUUACGAGGUAUAUGGUUAUGGUGGUGCUAGUAUGGUUGUUGAGGUCUCAACAGAUAAGGUAAAUCGCUCAGUGGCAGCUGUUAGAGAAGUAUUGAAGGACUAUGGUGGAAAGAUGGCAGAUUCAGGAUCUGUUAUGUUCAAGUUCAGACGUGCUCGAGUUGUGAAUGUUAAGGCCUCUAAUGUUGACAAAGACCAGCUUCUCAACAUAUCUCUAGAUGCUGGCGCAGAAGAUGUUAUUGAACCUCCCGAAUAUGAAGAUGAUACAGAAGAAGAUAAGUCGGAAAGAUAUUACAAAAUUGUGACUUCCACGGAGAACUACUCAGGAAUACUAUCCAAGUUACGUGAAGAAAACAUAAAGUUUGAAACUGACGGUGGUUCUGAGCUACUUCCUAUGAGCUCUAUUGAGGUGGAUGAUGAAGCUAUGGACUUGAAUAAAGAACUAAUGGACAAGUUGCUUGAACUCGAUGAUGUUGAUGCAGUUUAUACUGAUCAAAAGUGAAUAUUUCUUCUUCUGUAAUAUCUGAUCAACAUUGAGAGAGGUAAUUUUCUCUCCCAUAUGUUGGAUUUCUGGUUAUGAUCUUAAUUUCGUCCCGUCGCCUCAAAACUCGAAAGCUGAUAGAUCUUACUGAGAUGAGAGAUUUUUUUAAAUUUUGUAAGGGUUAUUUAUGAACAUUCUUUACUACAUUUUGUGGGUGAGAUUCUCUAUUUCCUUUCUAGUCUCAAGACUUAAAAAAUCAUUGUAGAAUAAUACUCAUACAAGAGUGAUUUCAAUGCCAAUUAUUCAAAAUUUAUCUUUUCACAAUUGUGAUAGGGACUGGGGGACUGGGGGAAGAUUCUUGUUGUAGCAACUCAUUGCAAGUAUAAUUCAAGGAUUGCUUCUUCUUGAUACUAUUGGAAAAUGAUCUUGCUCCACAAGUGUAAUAAUCAUGGUUGUACAUCA